ACAAAAUCCAUUCGCCGGAUCAGCGUGUUUGUUCGUAUGCGGUUCAGUCCUGACUGGAUCAGAGCGACGUGUAACACAGACUUGGGUCUUUCAUGUUUUAUCGGAUUUUUAAAAGUUGGAUUGAAAUCUGAUCUCCGUUGAAUGAAAUCUGGAAACCUCUGUAGUUCUGAAUCACUGUGGAUUGCACUUGCCUUCGCAGUUUUCCUUCAUGGUAAACUAGCUACAUCACCGCGGGACAGUGGAGAAAUAGCAGCUUUCGCUGCAUGUGAACGGGGAUAAUUUCUCAUCAUUCAUCGAUGUGUUGUUCUUAUGAGGAAGGGAUCACAUACAUUGAAGGUAUUUUGAAUUUAUUUUCUUCCGUAUAAUACAAUUUCAUAAAAGCAAACGCAUCGAAACGGCACUGUUUGCUAUUUGCCGUUUCAGAGAGAUUAGCAGUUCAUCUUUUGCGUGCCCGCUUGAGUGCCAGCGUUUUUUCCACUUAUUUUUCAUUUUAUUGUAUUUUUCCCGUUUAAUUAGUCUGCCAAUUUAAACGCAUGUGUCACUGGAGUUAUUUUCUUUAUCAUGCAUUCAGAUUUGAAUAUAACACCGUUAAGGCUCGGUUAGCAAAUUUUCUGUGAAUUAUCUCCUGUAAAAUUGGAAAAAAAGGUGGAACGCUGAGAGAUGGCAAAAAUUUCACUGGACGGACAUAAUGAUGAUUUGAGUCAGAUUUCAGACGAGGAGCUGUUCAAAUGCAGCAAAGAGGAUUUAAUCAAAAGACUGAGGAGGGCGGAUAACGAGCGGAUGAACUUGAUGGUGGAGCACGGGAACAUGAUGAAGGACGUCAACCGGAGACUGCAGGUCCACCUCCACGAGAUCCGCGGCCUGAAGGAGAUCAACCAAAAACUACAGGACGACAACCACGAGCUGAGGGAGCUGUGCUGCUUCCUGGACGACGACAGACAGAGGGGCAAGAAGUUGUCCCGGGAGUGGCAGCGGUUCGGAAGGUACACGGCCAGCGCAAUGUGGAAGGAGGUGGGCACGUACCAGCAGAAGCUGAAGGAGCUGGAGGCCAACCAGGAGACGGUGAUGCGCGAAAACAUGGAGCUGAAGGAGAUCGUGCUCAUGCUGGACGAGGAGAGGAACGGUGCCGGAUCCAGGAGCUCCAUCGACAGCCAGUCCAGCCUGUCCAAUCUUAACGGCACCGGCGCCGUUCGGGAUGUCGGGGACGGCAGCAGUACGUCGAGUACCGGCAGCGCCGGCAGCCCGGAUCACCACAACAACCAUAUGCACAAGCCGGCGGAGGCGAAGAUCGGGACCAUCCGGCGGUCUAUGGAUGAUCUGUCAGCCCCGCACCACCACCGGAGCAUCCCCAACGGACUUAACGAUCCAUCAUCAAAUUACAUCCGACAGCUGGAAACGAAGGUCCGUAUCUUAGAGGAUGACAAGAACAAGCUCUUAUCUCAGCAGUGUAACCCUGGAGACCUGAGGACCCUGCGGAAAGGCAUGACCCUCUACCACUCCGAGUCACAGCUCUCAUCCCUCCUGUCGCCGCACCAGGACACCCUCCACAACGGGUCCGCCCGAAUCCCGACGAGUGACUCAUCCCCCACGGCAGGGUACCUCCCCCCAGUGCAGAAGCCAGAGGCGGUGGUCCACGCCAUGAAGGUCCUUGAAGUUCACGAAAACCUGGACAAGCAGAUUCCUGAUGACUAUGAAGAGGACCUCAGUGAGAAGGAGAAGGCCAUCGUUAGGGAGAUGUGUAAUGUGGUGUGGCGCAAGCUGGGAGAUGCAGCAGGCUCCAAGCCGUCCAUCCGGCAGCACCUCUCUGGGAACCAGUUCAAAGGGCCCCUGUAGGACCCGGCCCUCCGGGGGUGUCCGGGGGAAACCCGCAAGAACCGCGCGAACCUCAACAACACGGGCGACUUCAACCAAAACCAACACCUGUCCUGCCCCACUCGCCGGUCCCCCUAACGCCCCCCUCACGGAACGGGGUGGCAGCUUCAUCCCCAGAGCUCCCUCACUGGACUGUAACCGACCAACCACAUCCUUUCGUUUUUGUUUUGAACUUACCAAGUAUUUGCGACUGGCAGCUAGUUUUCACUCUUUGCCACGCCCUGUGUUGAAUUUGGGUACAUACCAGUGCUGAAAAGUAUUUUUGGACUUACACCUUUUUUGUUUGUGUUGAACAGUUUCUAAUUAGCAGUACAUGUUGUGGUUUGUACAGUCUUUGCGCCAAAACCAGAACGUUCUCACAACGUUGUGAGAACGUCACCUGCGGGUUUGGAGUAUGCUAUUAUGCGGGCCCGGUUUUACAGUCAGUUGUGUUUGUGUCUUCCAGGGUAAAAGUAAAGCUAAAUGGCUUCAGGUUGAUUUGUGAAACCUACUGUUAAUAGUACCCUCUGCCUCAGAAAGACGUGUAUUAUAAAUGUAGAGAUCGCUUCCGAGCGUUGUAGCAUAUAGCUGAAAGCUGAAAACUGAAGUGGCAAUACCGGUUAAGUUCCAAACUGUAGCACUGCUCUUUUUUUUUUGUCACUGUAUGUUUUCUGUUUUAGAUCGGCCAUAUUAUGUGUCACACCAAUUAUGUUUGGUAUUUUUAUGUUUGUACAGCAUGUCGCUUGACCGUAUGCAGGGUUUUGGAUGACAGAGGUUCCGAUUUUAUUUUCUAAAGAUAAAAAAAAUUAUCGUCUUGUAUGGAAAAAUGUGCAAAAAAGUGAAGGCCAUGUCGUUUAUGACAAAAUAAGGACUCUUGACCAGAGGUUUU